CCGCCCCGGCGGGCAGGAGGCGGCGCGGCGGAGGGGCCGCUUCUCCGCUCCCCUCCCCUUCUCCGCCGGGGAGGCUGCGGAGUGCGAAAUGCUUUGGCCGGGCCUAGGCCGGGCCCUCCGGGCGCUGCAGCCGCCGCUCAAACCCCGAGGACUAGCCGCCUGCUACGGGACUUCAGUAACAUCAGCCAAAAUCCAAGUGAACGGAGUCCACCUACACUAUCAGCAGACAGGAGGAGGAAGCCAUGCGGUUCUUCUGCUCCCUGGCAUGCUAGGGAGUGGCCAAACUGAUUUUGGACCACAGCUGAAGUCCAUGAAUAAGCAACUUUUCACAAUAGUUGCUUGGGAUCCUCGGGGCUAUGGACAGUCCAUUCCUCCAUCUCGAGACUUUCCCCCAGACUUCUUUGAGAGGGAUGCCAAAGAUGCUGUGGAUCUUAUGCAGGCACUGAAGUUCAAGAAGUUCUCUCUGCUGGGCUGGAGUGAUGGUGGAAUCACAGCACUCAUUGCAGCUGCAAAGUAUCCAGCUCUCAUCCACAAGCUGGUGGUCUGGGGAGCUAACGCCAGUGUUACUCAAGAGGAUGUUAAAAUUUACAAUGGUAUCCGGGAUGUCUCAAAAUGGAGUGAAAAGGUGAGGAAACCAUUGGAAGAGCUGUAUGGCCACGAGUACUUCUCCAAAACAUGUGAGGCUUGGGUGGAUGGAAUAUGUCACUUCGCUGGAAAAUCUGAUGGUAGUAUCUGCCAAGAGUUGCUGCCAGAUAUUAAGUGUCCCACAUUUAUAAUUCAUGGAGUGAAAGACCCUUUGGUUCCACAGCCCCACGCAGAAUACAUUCAUAAGCACAUCAAAGGCUCCCGAUUGCUUCUGAUGCCAGAAGGAAAGCACAACCUACACCUGCGUUUUGCAGAGGACUUCAACAGGGAAGUGGAAAAUUUCCUACGCUGAUGUGAACCAUAACAAAUUGGAAGUGUUUAGAUUCGCCUUGUUUAGGAAUGAUAGUUGGCUUUCCAUUUUCAUUCAAGCUACAGGUAGGCUUGAAUCCUAUAAGAUAAAAGAAGACUGAUUUACAUAAGAAUACACUGAAAAUACAUAAACCUCAGUGGAUCAAAGUGCACCCCACCACACUGCAAGACUUGUGUGUCAUUAAACUUCCUACACACAGGCUAGACAGAUUUUCUUUGUCCAAUAAAGUGUUAAGACAGAAAACA